AUGGAACGUUGGCAAAAUAAGGUGGCUGUUGUAACGGGUGCUAGUUCAGGAAUUGGGGCGGCCAUUGCCAAAGAUUUUGUUUUGGCUGGCUUAAAGGUGGUAGCUUUGGCACGCCGCUUGCAACGCAUGGAAGAAAUUAAACAGUCUUUGCCACAGGAUAAACAAUCUCAGUUAAGCAUAAUGUAUUGCAAUGUCACAGAUCCUGCCAAUGUGGAUAAGGUUUUCGAUCAAAUAAUUGAUGAAUUCGGUGGCAUUGAUGUAUUGGUCAACAAUGCUGGCUGUGCUAAGAGUGGCCAAUUGGUGGAUAUGGAUUUAAAGGAUAUUACAAAUAUAUUGCACACCAAUGUCUUGGGAGUUGUGCAUUGUACGCAGAGAGCCUUUAAAUCAAUGAAGGAGCGCAAUUUCGCUGGACAUGUCAUUAUUGUCAAUAGCAUUGCAGGCCAUACUGUUUUGGCGGGUUUGCCCAUGUCUGUGCCCAACGUAAAUAUUUACUCUCCCACCAAAUUUGCCGUAAGAGCCAUAACUGAAAUGUAUAGGCAAGAAUUUCAUGGUUUGGGCACCAAAAUCAAGAUAUCUAGCAUUAGCCCUGGUUUCACGGAUACUGAAAUUUUGUACGGCGAUGUUCGUGCUGCUUUGGGUGAUUGCAUGCUGGAUGCUCAUGAUGUCUCCAAUGCUGUUUUGUAUAUAUUGUCCACGCCACCACACGUUCAAAUUCACGAUCUGUUGAUAAAACCCCUUGGAGAAGGCAUCUAA